UUUUAUAUUUUGACGGAUUUUCAAAGGCCAUCAGGGAAUUCAGCUACAACUAUUUUUAUUUUAAACAUAUUUAGUUCGUUUGCUCAUUAAGCGAAUGUUUAUCACAAAAUGUUACGAGUUUGAAUUUCAUUUUGUUUUAAUUGUUAAGUAAUGCGCUAAGCAGAUGGAUUUUCAGAAUUGUUUUAAGAAAAAAGUCUCAUAAAUAAUUUAAGUAUAUUACAAUAUGCUUCAAAGUAACAGUAAAGACUUAUUUAGCCCUCCUCUUUCGAAUAAAAAUGUAUCGUCAGUUUCAUUAAAUGAAUUACAAAACAAGAGUGGUUAUGAAUUUUCUGAGAGUAAUUAUAAAAAUAAAUCUAGAUUGAGUGUUUAUGGAGAUAAUCUGAUUACUUUGCAUACACCAGAAAAAGUAGAAGCUGUUUUAAUGGGAGGAAAAUCUUCACAAGAAAGGUCGUCAUCUUUUACUGAGCAACAUGAAAUGCUUCAAAAUGUUGUUGGUAUAUUACAAGAAAACCUUACAGAUAAUACUGAAGAAAUAAAACAAGCUCAUAAUUAUGAUACUGGUGUGUACAAAAGGUUUAUUUGGAAGAAGCUAUGGUUUCAAAUUAUAAUUCGUGGUGCGUGUAUUAUCAGUGUUAUCUCUGUUUGUAUGAAUACUCCUCAAACAUUUAAUGCUGUUCCAUCGUUAAAAUAUUUGACUAUUAUUAUGGACUUCAUCGCUGGUAUAGCUUUAUCUUUUGAAAUAGUAUUAAAAAUAAUUGCCAAAGGAAUUAUUUUAUCAAAGAGCUCUUAUUUCCGCAGUCCUGGUAGAGUGUUUGAGUUUGUGAUGGUAGUUUGCAUUAUUAUAUCAGUUAUUCUACAGUUUUUGGAAAUCAAAAAAGUUUUUCCAAAUGUCGAAUUAGAUUAUAUUGUCAUUUCUUUUAUACGUGCUCCAAGACCUUUUUUAUUAUUUCGUGUUAUGAAAUCUUUGUUGAAUAUAAGUUUACCAAAAUCAGUGUCAUUGCGUUCUUUAAAGCAAAUUGGAAGUGUUCUACUUUUUACUGCUUAUUUUAUGUCUUUAGCAGCUGUAAUUGGAGUUCAAAUGUUUGGAAUAAUGAAGUAUUAUUGUGUUAAACUUUCAGCAGAUCCUAAUAAUAUUACAAAUAAUGAUUUUUUGAUUCCAGCAUCACGUUGCUCUAAAAACUACAGUUCUUCAUUCGAAUGUCCUGAAGGUUUUACUUGUAAACCUUUACAGUUUGAAAAAUUUCGUCAAGAUCGGAGAUAUUUUGAGCACAUAUUGACUGGACUUUUAACUGUAUACGAGGCAUCCUCAAUGGAAGGCUGGUCUUACAUGAUGUAUGAUGCAAUAAAUACUCGUCAUUUUGCAUUUGCUGUAGUCUAUAAUGUUGCGUUAAUUUUUUUUAUUGCAUGGCUUGUUAAAAAUGUGUUCAUAGCAAUUAUUACUGAAGCAUUUGCUGAUCUUCGUAUACAGGUUAGCAGACUAAAUAACAGCUCUAAAAAAAAAAAUACGGAUCAAAGAGUUUUGCAAAAGAUAGAUUCACAGAUGGAACUCAUUAGAAUAGAGCAGCUGUUUCCAAAAAACUAUGUGUCACAGUCGAUUCAUAAGUUUGUUAACACAUUGAAAUUUAAAUGUUUUAUUUAUUUUUGCAUUUUUAUAGAUGCAGUUAUUCAAGCUGUUAACUCAAAAUCACUUUCAGUUUCUCCAAUAGUUUUUACUAUUAUUUUUGAUAUAGAAUUAAUAUUAAAGAUUAUAGCGAUGGGUUUGAAGCGAUAUUAUAAUUCAUUCACCUGUCGUUUUGAGGGUGCUCUAUGUAUAGGUAGUACUGUUUUAAUAUUUCCUCUAAUGAAUGGAUAUAAAGGAUGUGCUUUGUUUCAGGUUAUGCGUGUGUUUAGAUUAGUUUUAAUAUCUAGUUCGCUAACUGUGUUUUUAAAUCGCAUACUUGGAAGUGGAAAAAAGCUUGGAAAUUUACUUUUGUUUACUCUUGCUGUUUUAGUCAUUGCUUCAGGUGUGACAAUGCAACUUUUUUGUGGCAUUGGUACAUCAAAUCAAAGUAAUAAUAAAGUUUUUUCAAUUUUAAGUCCAACUAGUUUUGGUGAUUUUCCAAACGCAACUGUUGCUAUGUUUCAAGUGUUUAUGUCUGAAAAUUGGAAUGGUGUAAUGAAUGAUCUUCUUUGGCAAGGCCAGAAAAAGUAUUCAUGGCUUGUCUUUAUAACGUUUAUUAGUUUUCAUCUUCUUGCUGCAACAAUACUUUUGAGUGUGUUUGUUGCAUUAAUUCUUGAUAAUCUUGAGCUUGAAGAAGGCGUUAAACUAUUGAAACAACAUAGACAAGGUGUUGAAGUUGCUGACACUCAAGAGGCACUACCAGCUAGAAUUCAGUUGUUUGAGAAGUUAAAACCUAGGCCAAAAUUAGUCAGCCUUGACAACAUGAAUGAGUGCAGCUUACCUAAGGUACGACAAAGCUUUGUUAACAAGUUUAUAACAUCUUUAAAUGAUAUUGAAGAUGCUAACAAUAUUAUAGCACACCUUUCUAAAAAGUCAUCUACUACUUCCAAAUCAUGUUUAAAUGAAUUUCGGCUAAGUUUUUUUGAAGACAAGCCAAAUGAGUUACACUAUCUGACACAGCUAAGAAAGCAAUCAACAAUAUCUGAAUUUAUAGCUGAAGUACAUAGUAAAAGGACUUCUUAUAAGGGGAGUGAAGUAGCAAAUGGCAAGUUGACAAAUUUAAAAGCUAUGAGGCAUAGUCCAAGGAUAAGUCCAUCUACUAAUCUUUUUUCACCCAGAGAGACUUCUUCUGGUUUUCGUCCGAUGCUUGGAAUUCGAUUGAGUAAUCAUAAAAUUUCAACUUUGACGCAAGAAAAUAAACGUAUUCAAACUAAGACUAAUAAAAAAAAAGACAUUGAUGUUGCAUUAAUGAGACAAAAGUUAGAAGAAGCCCAUUACAAAAAAGAGUCUCACAUUGAUUAUCUUCGUGAAAAUCACCCUACAUUUGACAAAUCAUUGUUUAUAUUUUCAUCCAAGCAUCCUCUUAGAAUGUUUAUUCAUAAAAUUGUACACGCUAGGUAUCGUGCUUUCAACACAGAUGAUAAAAGCAUUCAGGUUGGUGCAUUUAGUUUUGAUAGAUUAAAACGAUAUAUUGGAUCACAAACUUAUCUUGAUUGGCUUAUGUUAUUAUUUACUCAAAUUUCUUGUAUAGCUAUGGCAUUUGAGACUGUAAAUGUUAGAGUAUUUCACAAUUCUGAUUGCAAAGUAUUAUCAAUUAUUGAAUAUAUAUUUGUAAUAUCCACCUCAAUCGAGUUAACUCUAAAAAUUGUUGCUGAUGGUUUCUUGUUUACACCCAAUGCAUUUAUUCAAGAUGUUGGUGGAGUUUUGCAUGUAUUUAUUUAUAUUUUUAGUCUAAUUUACUUAGUAUGGCAACCAAAGAUAAUACCCCCAUUUUCAGCUGCUCAAUAUAUAUUGGUUUUACGAGCUUUACGUCCUUUAAGAAUAAUUACACUUGCUCCACCACUGCGAAAAGUAGUAUGGGUACUGCUCAGUGGUUAUAAAGACAUUUUUAAGGUUGCUAUUCUUCAAGGUGUUUUGAUGUUUGCCUUCGCUAGUUAUGGUGUCCAGGUUUUUGCUGAAAAAUUAAUGAAAUGUAAUGAUCCAGCUAUUCAAAAUAAAAAUGAAUGCGUUGGAUCAUUUUAUAAAACUGUUGCUUCUCCUCGCAAUUUACAAGGAUUAAAAGGUGAAAAAACAGAAAUAUUAGUCCCUAGAGUCUGGUCGAAUCCUCGCAAUUUCGACUUUGAUAAUUUAGGAAAGGCAUUUCUUGCUUUACUUGAAUUAUUAUCCUUAGAAGGUUGGACUGAUGUCAGAGAUACAAUUAAGGAUCAAACAGGAUGGGUAGGCAUUCUAUACCCACAUGCUUAUGUAGUUGCUGCUUGUCUUUUGGGACUAACACUAUUUAUUGGUGUUAUUGUCAGCAAUUUUAAUGAAACCAAAGGAACAGCGUUAUUGACUGUAGAGCAGAAGCGUUGGAAAGAUCUAAAAAAGAAACUUGAACUGGCACAACCACUUCACUUGCCACCUCGACCGAAGGAUAGCUUUAUUAGGGGAAAACUUUAUGACUUUUUUAAUUGUAAAUGGUAUAAUCGAUUUUAUGCAUUUAUUUUAUUAGUUAACGUGGGUACUCUGUUUCGUGGCCAAUGGGAGCCAAAUGAUCUUGAUUCUAUAUGGAAUUCUUCAUUAAUAUCAAUUGCAAUCAUUUGCUGCAUAAUAUUCUUUAUUGAUUUAGUUUUAAAGGUUGUUGCCUAUUCUUUUAAAGGAUAUUGGCUAAGCUGGAGAAAUCGAUUUGACUUAAUAUUAACUCUUAGUGGCAUUGUAUUUUCUGUUUGGAUAUUAUUGUCAUUUUCUCAAAGGAAUACACAUGAUGAGGCAAAGCAAUUUGGAGUUGUUAUUUUUAUUUUACGAUUUCUUUCUUUUUCUGGAAAGUCAAAUGAUUUGCGGAUGCUAAUGUUGACAGUUGUAAUGAGUUUGACAAAGUGCUUUUUUACUAUUGGAGUAAUGUUAAUGAUAAUGGCCUGCUAUGCUUUUGUUGGUGUUAUUCUUUUCGGCAACAUAAAACAUGGUUUGGCAUUAAAUAAUCAAGCAAAUUUCGAAACUAGCUAUAAUGCUAUGCUACUUUUAUUUCGUAUGACAACAGGUGAAGAUUGGAAUCGUGUGAUGCGUGAUGCCACUUUAUCUUGGCCUUAUUGUAAAUUGAAUGAUAAAGAAGAUUAUAAAUUUAGUAGUUGUGGUAACACAACAGCUGCGUAUUUUUUUUUUCAUUCUUUUUAUUUUAUAAUUAAUUACAUUUUUUUGAAUUUAUUUAUUGCUGUUGUCAUUGAAAAUUUUUCAAUCUUCUAUUCAACUGAUGAUGAUCCAAUUAUGUCUCAACAAGAUAUUCGAAAUUUCCAAGAAGCUUGGAAUGCAGAAGACAAAGGUAACAGCGGCUCAAUAAGUGUCCAAAGUGCCAGGAAAGUUAUUGAGUCACUGCGUAAAACUUUGAAAUUGGAAAAAUCAGCGCACCCACUGCUUUUUAAGUGCAUGUCUGCUGAAAUUGAAAAAAUAAGAAAUGGAAAAAAUGUUUUUUUUCAUGACCUUUUGUUUGUUGUUGCAUAUAAGAAAAUUGAUAUAACAAAAAACCUUCAGCUAGAAGAAAGAUUAGCACGUGCUGAAUUAGAUGAUGGUAUUAAGGAAGAGGUAGCUGCUGAAGUAAUAAGAGAAUGGAUAGUGCGCGUAAUUCAGCAAAACAAGACAAAAGUCAAAUCACAGCUUGAAAAGAAAAUUUCUGGAGGAUCUGGCGAGUCGGAAUUAACUGACGGCAGUUUAAAAAGCGAUUUUGAUGGUGCUUCUGUUAAUUCAUUCCCUAAUCAAACAAUGUUGAAUCAAAAUUAUGAGGUACAGUCUUCAUUUGAUGGAAUCAGGAAAAGAAAACAAGGAUUGAAUGAUGUAAAAGACGAACUAUAUACAUGGUGGAACUCUGCAAUUGAUGAAAAUGAAAGCCUUCUUGAAAAAAAGAAUGAAAUGAAAUAAAAAAUAAAGCUUAUUUUAA